ACUUCCCAGUUAAACGUGGCUGCCUCACGACAGAAGGAAGGAGUGGCUUUGCGAUCUGUCAAGUUAAAUGAAUUCUCGUGAAAAUUGAUGACUUGUCGCAUUGAUUAAGUUGUUUCUGUGUGCUUAAUAUUGAUAAUUCAUCGUGCAGUAGUUCUGAUAUACAAAGAAAAUGUCGUCUUCGGGUGAUUUUGGAAACCCGUUACGUAAAUUUAAGCUUGUCUUUCUCGGCGAACAGAGCGUUGGAAAAACAUCUCUUAUCACACGGUUCAUGUAUGACAGCUUUGACAACACGUAUCAGGCUACAAUAGGUAUAGAUUUUUUAAGCAAAACUAUGUAUCUUGAGGAUAGAACUGUAAGAUUACAGCUGUGGGACACAGCAGGCCAAGAACGGUUUAGAUCUUUGAUACCAAGUUAUAUUAGAGAUUCUACAGUUGCAGUUGUCGUAUAUGAUAUUACCAAUGCAAACUCAUUUCACCAAACGUCAAAGUGGAUUGAUGAUGUUAGGGCUGAGAGGGGAAGUGAUGUAAUUAUUAUGCUAGUGGGUAAUAAGACAGACUUGAGUGAUAAAAGGCAAGUUCCAACAGAAGAAGGAGAACGAAAAGCUAAAGAAUUGAAUGUGAUGUUUACUGAAACUAGUGCUAAAGCUGGAUAUAAUGUAAAACAGCUGUUUAGAAGAGUAGCAGCGGCUCUACCAGGCAUGGACUCCACUGAAAAUAAGCCUCCUGAAGACACUGUCGACUUGCAGAACCAAUCACCGAUGCAGAACGGCUCCGAGUCCGAAGGGGAGAGUGGCUGCAUUUGCUAGGGAGUUGGUGGUUUAUCACUGUGCAGCUAAUAAAUGCUAGCUCCUUUGAGACAAUUCAGACACGAGAGAGAACCAAACGAUUCAUCCACAUACUAUUAACAAGAUGCUGGCUUCUUCUGAUGUCGACCAUCGUGGCCCGUGUAUGUUUGCGCGCGAGGAAGGCACAACAGAAAACAAUGUUUUUUCAUUAAACACCGUUCUUAUCGACUACUUCUGCCGUAAUCAUUUAAGUCGUUACUAGCGGGAUUCGUUGCUAUUCCAUGUUAAUCCAGGGAGAGGCUUCGUGCGGUUAUAGCGCGCGCGCGUUACGUUGUUGCACGUUGAAACAGGAACGUUUGCGAUCUCGCGCCGCGUCGCGAACCGGAAAUCGGCGUCGACCUGCGGAUCGACCGAUUACAUCAAUGUAAAUGCCUACGUCUUAAGAGCACGAUGAUAGGGCGGCCCCCUUUUUGUAAUACACCAGGCGAUCGAAGCAAUACGCAGCAAACCAGCUUUCUACGACUCCGUACAUAUCACGAUUUCUCGAUGUUAUCCUUCUUUUUACUUUUCACCUGUCCCUCUGAGUAUCUCUUAUUUUUCGAACACUCGAUCGGAAGUCGACCCCUAACUGUCAGCCAAUUCUCUAGCUCAUCUUUACCGUCGUUGUUUCCUUUUCCGAAUCGCGGCUUCGACCGCGGAAUCUACCAAUUGCAACACGCACAAAACACCGAGAAGCUUGAAACGAGUCUUAGACAUACCACACGUACACACACGAGAUCACGAGAAAACGACUGAAAGUAAAACGAAUAUAUUAGCCCAUCAUUACUCUGGUAGUAGUUUCGAAGAAUCAAACGAUCGAGCGACCGCAAAAGUCCCGUCGCGUAAUGAAAAGUGGGAAAUUGUAAUUCGUAGAGCGCGUUUAUUGGCGAGCCUUGUUUGGCGGUGAAUUGUUCGAGAUUUAUAAUGUAAUCGUAAUUACAAUCUUUAUAGACGUUUUUUCGAUAUUUCUUGGUAAUAAGCGAGAACGACUCUUGUUACGCGAUCCGUUCAUAAAUUGAGGAAGAAAAGACGCGCGGUUUCGACGAGAAAACGAAGAAGAGGACGAAAAAGAAGAAGAGAAAAAAAACGAAACAACAAUACAAAGAAUAGAAACGACGAUUUCGCAUUGGAAAGUGCUCAAAUUGCUUCUCACUCGCCAUUUUGUACGAAUCGUUUCGACGAGUCCGUAUUGUGCGUUUGUAUUGAUUUUUUAAACUAUAAUUCAGGGAUACUUCGGCGAUGCAAUGAUUCUUGCGAGCGGCGUCGUCCGCUGUCCGAAAGCGUUGUUCGUUUCAACGAAAUCGCUAAGCAAUAUUGUGUUCUCCACGGCUGAGGGUGGGCACGCGGUGAAUGCGUGAUUAGCGCUUACUAAUUAAGCGGGAAAAGAUCGACGAACGAAAAAAAAACAAACAAACAAAGAAAGCAUUGUAGAAAAUCGUUGCGAGGACGCGCGCGCGUCAAUUCAUGAACGUGUCUCGUGCGACGCUCCGCGACGAGCGUCGAGCGACGAAACACCGGUCUUGUGUUUCAUCGAGGAGACUGAACGCUUCUAGUACGCCAAUAUGUAAUUAAUUAAACGAAAUUGAGGUAACUCGAGCGAUCUGUAAGACC